AGAAAAUCGAAUUGGUAUCACCUUUUGAGAUCCCAAAAUUCAGGAAUUUCGUGAUGUUGAUUUAUUUUUAUAUAACAAAAACAACUUGAAUUUUCAACAAAUUGCGGCCAAUUAAGCUUAAAAAUGCCUCGCAAUGCAAACGCUGAAAGAGAUAAUCCUUGUUUGAAGGAACAAGAACUGUCGUACAAGUGUUUGAACAAAUACAAUUUCGAUCGAGAGAAAUGCGAACUUUUCUUUGCAAAUUACAACAAUUGUAAAGAUUUUUGGAAUAAAGUUCGAUCAGAUCGUCGGGCGAGAGGAAUCGUCCCUUAUUUGCCAGAACCGGAAAACCGAGAGCAAAUCAAAGCCGAGUACAUGAAAACAAAACCCAAAUAGUCAACAAUAAAGUUUUAAAGAUUUUAUAUAUUUUUUCAAAAUACUAA